AAAUUUUUUUAACCGAGCGGCCAUUGUUAGGUUGUUAACUGAGGAAAAACAAACCGAAAAGAAGAAGAAGCAAGGGGGAAGAGAACGACUGCGUUUUAGUAAUCCUAAACAAAAACCAGGAAAAAGCCGACGUCGCUGGGAUCAGCACUUCAGUUUCGCCAGCAGAGUAACCUCACACACACAGUCGCUGCCGAAAACCCAAACUUCGCUACAGUAAAUAGAUAUCGUCUGCGCAUCACAUUUAGGGUCCUUCUUCCUGUUAUCAAUCUCUCUGUAUCUCUAUGUCCAUGGAAGUACCAAUUCCAGAUGUCAGGAAUGUUGAAAUAGGAAAUAUUGCUAAUGAUACUGCUGCAGGGAGUGAGGGCGUCAGACAUCACGUUGACGAAAUUUUUGGGAAGGUUGACAAGCUUGAGCAGAGAGCGAAUGAGAUAGAACAGUUCUACUCGAGUACGAGUAAAAAGCAACUUAGCACAUCCAAAGGUAGCUCAAUAGUGAAGGAUAAAGAUAAGGAGAAACAUAUUCCAAGCAUCAAGAAGCAGCAGCAAGAUGCAUCACGUCGAGAAGCAGCUGCUGCAAAGAGAAUGCAAGAGCUCAUGCGCCAAUUUGGCACAAUAUUGCGCCAGAUUAUGCAACACAAGUGGGCAUGGCCUUUUAUGGAACCUGUAGAUGUAGAAGGUCUUAAGCUGCAUGACUACUAUGAGGUAAUUGAUAAGCCCAUGGAUUUCAGUACAAUUAAAAAUCAAAUGGAGGCCAAGGAUGGUACCGGAUAUAAGAAUGUUCGGGAAAUAUGUGCUGAUGUGAGGUUGGUUUUCAAAAAUGCCAUGAAAUAUAAUGAUGAGAGAAGUGAUGUUCAUGUUAUGGCCAAAACUUUGCUGGAAAAAUUUGAGGAGAAGUGGCUGCAACUUCUGCCUAAAGUUACUGAAGAGGAAAAAAGACGAGAAGUGGAGGAAGCAGAGGCACAGUUUGAUAUGCAGCUUGCUCAGGAGGCUGCUCAUGCCAAAAUGGCGAGAGAUUUGAGUAAUGAGCUGGAUGAGCUUGAUAUGCAUUUAGAAGAUCUCCGGGAAUUGGUUAUUCAAAAGUGCAGAAAAAUUACUACCGAAGAGAAGAGAAAACUUGGGGCAGCACUUACCAAAUUGUCUCCUGAAGAUCUAACCAAGGCCUUGGAGAUUGUUGCUCAAAGUAAUCCAUGCUUCCAAUCAACUGCUGAAGAGGUGGACCUUGACAUUGAUGCUCAGAGGGAAUCUACCCUAUGGAGGUUGAAGUUUUUUGUGAAGGAUGCUCUGGAAGCUCAAGGCAAGAGUUCAGCCGUUGCAGGUGGUCUAAACAACAACAAUGGCAAUGACAAUAACAGUAACAAUAAACGGAAAAGAGAGAUUUGUGAUGCUAUUGCCAAAACUGUCAAGAAAAAGAGUAAAAAGCCAUCUUCAUGAUAAUGUCUAGCAGUUGGAUUGUGAACCUCUUUGAAGGCAAUCUCGGUCUCGGGGUGUAUUUCUAAUUCUCAAGAGUUGGAGAAUGGAUGCGACGGUUCUAACGAGAACAUGGAGAGUCCGAGGAACUUGAUGUUGUCUUCAUCAGAGAUAUUUCCGUAUCAUGAAUUUGUUUGCGACCAACUCAUUUUUAGGUGUUAUAGUAUUUCCGAGAAAUAUAACCAUGUCUAUAGCGUGUAGUCGUAGGCUGCUUUAUGAUCCCUCCUAAACUGUAACAUUUACACUUCAAUGAUCUUUAUAAAUAAUGUCUUCAUCUUUUUGCCA